AUGCCAUCUACUUUGGAAUUAUUAAAGAAGCAUACAGUUGUAGUUGCCGAUACUGGAGAUUUCGAAAGUAUCCAAAAGUUUUUACCAACUGAUGCAACAACCAACCCAUCUCUUAUUCUUGCGGCUUCAAAAAUGCCAAAAUAUUCCACAAUCAUUGAAAAUGCUGUUAAGAUCGCCAAGGAGAAGGGAAAGACUCUCGAUGAACAAAUCGAGAUUGCCUCUGAUUAUACAUUCGUGAUGUUCGGCAAGGAAAUUCUCACGAUUAUUCCUGGACGUGUAUCCACGGAGGUUGAUGCAAGGCUCUCCUUCGAUAAGGAGAAGCAAAUUGCAAAGGCACUCAAACUUAUCUCGCUCUAUGAAGAGAUGGGAAUUUCUAAAGAGAGAAUUCUCAUUAAGUUGAGUUCAACUUGGGAAGGCAUUCAGGCGGCGAAGGAAUUGGAGUCUAAACACGGCGUCCGCUGCAAUCUUACUCUUCUAUUUUCUUUUGCCCAGGCUGUUGCUUGUGCUGAGGCUGAGGUUACUCUUAUCUCUCCAUUCGUUGGACGAAUCUUCGAUUACUGUGUGGCUAAAACAGGCAAAUCUUAUGGUAAAUUGGAUGAUCCUGGUGUUCAAUCUGUGACUAAUAUCUACAACUACUACAAAAAAUUCGGCUAUAAGACCGAAGUUAUGGGUGCCUCUUUCCGCAAUGUUAACCAAAUCCUUGGUCUUGUUGGUUGUGACUUGUUGACGAUUUCUCCCAAUCUCUUGGAGCAACUUGCCAGCAUGACUGAUGCUGCUGAAGUAACACUGGAUGCUAAAGAAGCUUCUGUACGUUGUGCAUAUAAAGAAGCUCUGCAUAUGGAUGAAGCAACUUUCCGUUGGAUGCUGAAUGAAGAUCCUAUGGCAACGGAAAAACUCUCUGAUGGUAUCCGAAAUUUUGCUGCAGAUUCAAGAACCCUUGAGUGCCUGCUCAAGAAACGCCUUUCGGCUUAA